AUGGCUGCCGAGUCCUUUGAUGGAGAACUUUUCAAUAGAAAGGUCACGUACCAUGAUCGAGAAUACCAAGACUACGCCCUCAGGCGUGAGAGCUAUCUUGCUCCCAUCGAUCUUGAAGAAGAGACACGUCUGAGGGAUCAGCAUGAGCUGAUGAAGCUGAUAUACCGAGAUUGGGACAAUUCCUUACACCCAAACUUCAUUGAAGAUCCAGAAUCGGUUCUUGACUGUGGUUUUGGCUCGGGAGACUGGGCAUAUGACCUUGCGGAGUACGAUCCAAAUUGCACUGUCAUGGGCGUCGACAUCUGUCCGCUGAUGGCCCCCCCUGAUCAAUUAGACAACAUGGAUCUCCAGAUUGCCAAUCUUAACGAUCGCAUGGACUUUGUAGAACCGGGUACCUUUGACCUCAUUCAUUCCAGGUUUGUUGCCAAUGGCAUUGCUGCGACGAGAUGGCCGAAUUAUAUCAGGGACAUACAUCGGCUCCUGCGGAAGGAUGGCUGGGUCCAGCUGACCGAAUGGGAUCUCAAUUUCCGUUCAGAAGCCGGGAACACUGACGCGCUCCAAGCUCUUCAAGAAUGGACCAGGGUGUAUACCCAGUCUCUCGGCCUGACCAGUCGUCCAGAAGGCAGGAAAAGCGCCAGGGUCGCCCAGGACUGUGAGACCUGGCUGCGCAUGGCAGGUUUCGCCAACGUGAGUACGGAUGUAAGGGACGUUGCGACGUGUCCAUGGCCUGCAGAUGCCCAUCAGCGGAAUAUAGGUGAAGCGAACUUGUCCAACAUGAAAGAUUUGAUACGCUCCAUGGCAUUAUACCCUGUAACCAAGCGGCAACUACGCAACAUCGAGCAGUUCCAGGUCCUGGUUGACGAGGCAUGUAGCGAGCUCGGUAAUGUCGAUGCGAAACCAUACAUCAGGCUGUACAGGGACCCCCAUGUCAAAGCCAUGAAGUGA